AUGUUCAAUUUACAUUCAGUAGAAGUCAAACUUGAGAUAAUUGUAUUUUGUUUGGACGGGCAAAUAGGUCAUUUGUGCCCGACACCCGCCAAGUGUCGGACACGCACAAGGUUUGGCUUGGAUUCCAAAGUGGAAUUAGGGUCAGGUCCUGUUAAGACUUCUGCCAAAUUCGGUGUCGAACACGGACAGGGUUCGUCUCAGAUUCCAAAGUGGAAUUUAGGUCGGGUCCUGUCAGUUGUCCCAGAUCUCCUCAAUCUCUUCUCUCCCACUCCUCUACAGCAAUUUCACAUAUCUCUCCCUCUUCUCCUCUCAUCCACCCAACAACCCCCCCCUCCCGGCCGCAGGCAUUUCUCUUCCCCUCCCACGAACUCUUUAACCCUAAACCCCUUCCUUUUCCCUAGGAUUUGCAUGGUUGUCUCCUGGUUUGUUGCUACUGUUCAUUUCUUACAACCCAUCCUCAGAUUUGAGCUUUUGCUCUGGAAGAGUGGGCUUUGUAGUUUAAUGGUCAAUAUAGACCAAUCCAUGGAUCGUUUGAGCUUGAUGCAUGGUGGUGGCUUGCUUCCCCAAAUCCAUGCUCUUCAGAUCUUCUUUGUCGGUUAUCAUGGACUUACUGGUGGAGAUGGCAGAUCCGGGUGGCAGCGGCGGCUGCUUAGUUCUUGA